AUGAUGAGAGGAAGGGGUGGGUGUGAUGAUAUUGGCUGUUUUUGAAGCUUUUGGCAAUUUUUUUGAUUUUUAAGGGAUGGAAAGAAAAUUUCUGCAUUUUUUGAUUUUUUUGAAGUUGUAAAGAAAGUUUUUGCUAUUUUUUAGUUUGAAAAGAAUGUUGUUGCAGUUUUUAGUUUUGUAAAGAAAGUUCUUGCCAUUUUUUAUUCUGUAAAGAAAGUUUUUGCUCUUUCUUGUUUUGUAAAGAUACUUUUUGACAUUUUUUUGUAAAGAAACGUAUUUUACAUUAUUAUCGUUCCGUGUAUCGCAUCUUAAGCCUAAAAAAAUACUCUUAAAGCUCAGCUUAAGCCUAAUUUUAGUCCAAUGGUUUAACGUCACUAAAACUCAACAAAACAAGUCGCCACAACCAGAAACCUGGCGACGUUGACGAAUCUGACGGCAACAUUUGCCGUCAGUCUGCCGUUGGAACGGCCGGUCACGGCCGCACCGUUCGAGUUCGGCGAUGACUGUGUCUUCCACCCGACUGUCAAUAACUAUGUCAUGAUUGUGGCAUUCUGCACAAUAUUCUGCUUAUCAGUCAUUGGAAAUUCGGUCGUGGUGGUCGUUAUUUUACAGGUAAAUUUUGAGUUUUAAAAGUUUAGGGUAGGGUGUGUUUGGCUGGGUGAGGUAGGGUAGGGUAGGGUAGGGUAGAAGUGAGGGCGGGGUAAUGCAGAUCAAGGCAGGGCAGGGCAGAGCAGGGCAGGGAAAUAGAGCAGGCUAAUACAAGGCAAGGUAGGCUUAAAAACCUAUUUCUGACUUUCAUUCUUUUUGCACCGUGCAACCUAUUUUGAUUGCACGGUGCAAUGGUUUUUGAAUUUUUUAUGAUUUUGCUGUUACAAAUUAACUUUUAAAAAAAUUGUUUUAUAAUAGGUAAUUUUAGGUCAAUAAAAGGCUUUUUACAUUUUUUAUUUUAUAUUUUUAUCAUAAGUUAAGCCUGCGCAGACUAAAUCAAAUUUUUGAUUGCACUGUGCAAAUAAUUUUUGAUGCACUGCGCAAAAUUUUUAAAAGCAUUUUUUUUUUGAAAGUACGUUUUGUAUUUUGAUGCUAAUGGCAUACUUUGUCUUUUUAUGUUAUUGUCAUAAUUUUUGAAAAUCAAAAUUUUCAAAAAAAAAUUUUUAAUUAAAAAAAAAUUUUUGUUUAGACCAUUUACGUACCGUAAUUAGCUUAGUAUGUAGACUACAAAAUCUUAAUUUCAAACACAAAAUUUUCGCAUUAAUUAGCAUUAAUACGUAUAUUUUAUUCAGUUUCCAGCUCUUAUGCAUUUUGACGUAGUAACCGUGUUUGUAGCCUCAGGCUACAAUGUCGGAUGCUAUAUUCAGAUUUUAAAUUAUAAAAAAUGUAAAUAAAUAGUCACCGUUAUUAUAAUAAUAUUAAUUUCAUACUCCCAAAGACAAUUUUACGGUUUCGAAAUAAAAAAAAAUCAUUGCACUGUGCAGUAACAAUUUUUGAUUGCACCGUGCAGGCUUAGCAGUAGAUGAAAAUAUAAUUUCUUUUCUCAAAAUGAUUUCUUUGAGCUCUGGAUUUAAUAUUUUUAAUCAAAUUUUAAAAAAGAAUGGCAGUAUACGCUGAAAUUUUAAAAUUUAAAAAAUAGGCUGCACGGUGCAAUUAAAAUUUUUGAUUGCACCGUGCAGACUUAUCAGGUAAUCGAACUUUUGGAUUUUGUUGCAUAAGGGAUGUCUUUGAGCUCUAGAUUGAACAUUUUUAUUGAAGGUCCAAAAAAGAAUGGCACAAAAUCCUAAAUUUUAAAAAUAAAAAAAAGAACUGCACAAUUUUUAACUCAAAUUUCGACGUUUUAAAAUUGCGACUUUGAACUCAAAUAAUUAAGCUUCUCUGUAGUUCAUAGACAACCUUUUCCUGAAAGUAAUUAUGGAUGCGGGUAAACUUUCGACUGGUACACAAAUUAUUUUUGGCCACUCAAAAGCCCCUAAAAUAGCACUCUGAAGGGGUUUUCCUUAAUAAACGCCGGAAAUCGCAUGACAUUCGCAUGGAAUCAUGAAUAACAUCAACUGUUUUUUAAUGUUGACAGUAGUUAUGAUUCAAUUUUCGGUGAUUUAUACUGUAAUAUUGGGGCGGGGAGAAAGUUUUGUCGUUGUUUAGCAUUAAACUUAAUGCGAAUGACGACAAGACUUUUUUUUGUCACUUUAAAGUAAGGUAGGACAGGGUAGAACAGCUGAAGGCAGAGCAGGGCAGGGUGGGGCAGGGUAAAAUAAAAAAAAAGUUGGGCAGGGUAUUUUUAGAGGGGGGGGAGUGGUUAAAAAAUUUUUUUUUAUUUUUUAAAAUUAAUAUUUCCAGCAACGCUCCAUGCGCUCAGUGACUAACAUCUACCUAUUAAACUUGGCAUUAAGCGAUCUUCUACUGAGUGUGGUAUGCAUGCCUCCAACAUUAGUGUCAUCUCUCGUGUACUGCUGGGUAUUCGGCGAUGUGUUGUGUAAAGCCCUCGCUUAUUUACAACGUAAGUUAAAUUUUUUAUACUCAAUUUAAAAUGUUUCGUAUUUUACAGUAUUUUGACUGCACCGUGCAACGAUUUGGUGUUUUUGCUUUGCACUGUGCAGUUAUUUUUAAAAUUGAAAUUCUGAAAAAAUUAGGAAUAUUUUUUUUAAAUGGGUUAUUUUCAAUGUUGACUUAGUCAAAACGUAUUUUACAUUAAAUUUUUCAAAUGAAUAUUUAUGUCAUUUUGUUAUAAAUUCAAGUUUUUAAUUUUACUGCGCCGUGCAGUUUUUUAUGAAGCGGCGAUUGCACCGUGCAAUUUAUUUUUUGGCUAAACUAAACCAAGAAAAAGUUUUUUCUGACUAGUAAAAAAAACAUUAUCAAUUCUUAUCAGUACCAAAAAAUUUUCAGCGGUAGUAGUAACGGCCUCAGCCUACACCCUAGCGGCCAUAGCUCUCGAGCGCUACUACGCUAUUUGUAAACCACUCCAAUCUCGAGUUUGGCACACGAAACGUCACGCUAUGGCUAUGAUAGGCCUAGUGUGGCUGAUUGCCAUCAUUUCCAACGUUUUUAUGUUAUUCAUGUACGAGCUGCGUACCUACAACAAAAGUGGACUAAACUGUGCACCAAAGCACCAACCCAUAGUACACUUUUCAUAUCAAGUCUAUAUGACCAUAGUUUUGUUGGUGGUACCAUUGGUCAUCAUGACAUGUUUAUAUGGGUCGGUGAUAAGGACCUUGAGGUCUGGGAUUCGAAUGGACAUUGCUGCUAUUGAGGUCCAUAACCCGGGUAUGACAAAACUUUUUGAUAUGAAAUUAUUUUUACUGUGUUUCUAAAUGUAACCUGACUAUAUUUUUCAACUUUUUUUUAUAAAAUUCCAAAAAAAAAUUUUUGUAAAGAAAGUCUCUGCAAAUUUUGAAAUUUCGAAAAAUUUUUAAAAAUUUGAUGACAAAAUUGUUGCAGAUGACAUAAAUGGCAAUAAAAAUGAAAAUUCACCAACCAAAACGACCAACAACAAUGAUUAUACUAAUCAUAACUCAACCCCAUCAACACCAUUAACUCCGGCUUUAAAAGGCGCUAAUAACUUUAAUGGGUCGGCCAAAAGCAAGAGGUUUAGGUAAGAAAAGAGGCUUAAUGCAUCUUAAAAAUCAUUUUUAUCACUUUUUAAACUCGAAUUUAAAAAAAAAUAAAAUUUUUAAAAUUAAAAAAAAUUUUUUUUGUAAAGGAAGUUUUUGCAAUCUUCAAAAAAUUUAAAUUUUUGAUAAAAAAUUAUUUUCGUCAACACAGAAAGUCAAAAUCGACCAGAGAAUUUUUUUUUUAUUUUUUUUAAUUUUUUAAAAAAAAAUUUUUUGUAAAGAAAGUUUUUUGCAAAUUAAAAAAAUUUAAAUUUUUUAUCAAAGAUCACUUUUAUCAACACAAUAACUCAAAACCAACCCAAAAAAAUUCAAAAACACCCCCUAAAACGCCAUAUUUAAUCCUUCAGAUGGACCACAGCCAGUGUGCACGGUGCCAGUCAAAGCGUGGGUGGUGAGAGUCGCAAAACCUCGAAUAGUGUACUCAAUGGUGCUCAAUCGCUGCGUUCCACUCAUAGUGGACGAACGGCGUUGGUUAAGCAACGGCUGGUCAGAAUGUUGAUUGUAGUUGUCAUUAUCUUCUUCUGUUGUUGGACUCCAUCGUACAUAUGGUGGUUGUUGUUGAAUGGUCAGGAUGCUUUUGGGGUGAGUUUGAAUUUUUGACAAAGAAUUGCAACGUUCGUAUUUUACUUUAUUAAAAUUACUUUUUCGGACAUCUUUCAUCGUAUAACAUAUCCCUUAAAAAUUUUUUUUUGAUUAUAAAACGGUAGCUCAUUCUUUUUUGAACAACCUAAUAUAUCAUCAAAAUGAUAACCACAAGCUCAAUAUUAACCUACUCCCCAACUUUUCCAGGGUUUCAACGUGUGGAACUCGGAGCUGAACACCUUCAUCACCGUCCUCACAUACCUCUCGUCCUGUACGAACCCCAUCACUUACUGUUUCCUGAACAGUAAAUUCCGAAAUGCCUUAUUUUUGUCGUUUGGUUGUAAAAGCAAAAACAGCUUACGGUCGCAUUUUUCGCGACUCUACGCUCCUGGCAACACAUCGACUGUGGAUACGUAUCACGAACCGUCGCUCAUGUCGCAAAGCUUGAGGAGUAACAAAGCGCCGGGCGCUGCUAGGUACGUGGCGGUUUUUAAUUGGGACUUAAUAUGAGCAUUUUUAAUGAAAAUGUUCGCUUGAGUAUCUUUUUGGUAUGGUGGUAGGGGUGGGAGGUAGGGGGUAGAGCUAAUGCAAAGGUAAAGGCAAAAUAAGGUAAGACAGUGCCGGAGUAAGCCAGGGCCAGGAGGCAGGGCUGGGGUAAGGCAGGGCCGCUGUAAGACAGAGCCCCGAUAAGGCAGGUAAGGCAAAUCAACAAAGGGGUAGAGGUUGAGGUAAGGGUGGGGGUAAAGCCAGGAUUUGUUAUUGAGCUCGGGCCGGGGCUAGUAUUAGGGCUCUGAGUUAGGGCUCUGGGAUAGCGUUAUGGGCUAGGGCUAGGGCUAGGGCUCUGGGCUAGGGCUCUGGGCUAGGGCUCUGGGCUAGGGCUCUGGGCUAGGGCUCUGGGCUAGGGCUCUGGGCUAGGGCUCUGGGCUAGGGCUCUGGGCUAGGGCUCUGGGCUAGGGCUCUGGGCUAGGGCUCUGGGCUAGGGCUCUGCUAGGGCUCUAUGCUAGGGCUAGAGCUAGUGCUAGGAUAAAUCUCUCGAGCUGAUUUAACAAAAGUGCCACCCACGUGUGAAACACUCAUGUUUAAUGCUCAAGGAACAAAGUGUCACUUCCUGAUGUUAAAUUUGCCCUAAAAUUUAUUCUUGAAGCAUGCCGGAACUUUUUGUGUCAAAUCGUUGGAAACUUAAUUUCCGCUACGAAAUUUACUUCCAAACACGGUCGAAAAAAACAAGUGUUUUACACUGUUGUUUGGGUAAACGUCUGCUGGGAAUUUGACAUUAUGUAGACAUCAUUAUCUCCAAAAAACACUGCCGGACCACAAUUUUUAAAAGCUUAAAAAAUCAAAAAUCGAAAAAAAAUUAAACGUUGAAAAAGUGAAAAAAAUAUCAUAAAAUGAAUUUCAGAAACCGAUUUAAAGCCAUGCCGUUGCGUUUUGAAGUGCUACAGCGUUUAAAGAACGCCAUAAGUAAUGACUCGCCUUCAUUACAUCGUCAAUUGGUAAGACUUUUAAUAACUAUGGUCCAAAAAACGUAUUUUACAUAAAAACGAAUAGAACUAACUUUUAUAAGUCAUACAUACCUUAAAUCUUCUUUAAAACCAAAAAGACCUUUUACCAGACAGUCGUAUUAGUUAAAACAUGUAACCUGUGAAAGACCCCUACCACACAGUGAUGACAAUAAACCCUAAAACACUAUUACUACGCAGCUACAGUUAUAAAAACCUAAAAAAACACUUACCACAAACUUAUAACAACCCCUUAAACAUACCCAUAUUGCAGGAAGCCCGUCUGCUUCAGAUGGACAACAAGGAAAUCAAAAACGGCCAACCGAUUCGGGUACCAAAACGGGAAUCCUUUUGCUAA